GCGGGGGCCCUGAGCCCCGCGCUGCAGCCACCGCCGCCGCCGCCCCCCACCCCCCCGGCCUGAAGUUUGGCCGCCACCAUGUCCAAGGCGGCGGCAGCAGCGGGGGAAAGUAGCGGGGCUGCGGCGGCGGCGGCGACGGGGGGCGAGGACUUGUCCAAGGUGCCCGACGAGGAGCUGCUGAAGUGGAGCAAGGAGGAGCUGGUGCGCAGCCUGCGCCGCGCCGAGGCGGAGAAGAUGAGCGCGAUGCUGGACCACAGCAACCUCAUCCGCGAGGUCAACCGCCGCCUCCAGCUGCACCUCGGGGAGAUCCGCGGCCUCAAGGAUAUCAAUCAGAAGCUGCAGGAAGAUAACCAAGAACUGAGAGACCUUUGUUGUUUCCUGGAUGAUGAUAGACAGAAAGGCAAGAAGGUAUCCCGAGAGUGGCAAAGACUGGGCAGGUACAGUGCUGGGGUUAUGCACAAAGAGGUUUCCUUAUAUUUACAGAAACUGAAAGAACUGGAGAUGAGACAAGAAGAAGUAGUUAAAGAGAACCUGGAAUUAAAAGAACUCUGUGUUUUGUUGGAUGAAGAGAAAAGUGGCGGAGCAGGCAGCAGGAGUUCUAUAGACAGCCAAAUCAGCCUCUGCCAGUUAAAUGCAGCAAGUCCAUAUAUCCGAGAUGUUGGUGAUGGGAGCAGCACUUCUAGCACUGGAAGUACAGACAGUCCAGACCAUCAUAAACAUCACCCAAGUACCAGUCCUGAGCAUCUCCAAAAAAGUAGGAGUGAGGGAAGCCCUGAGCAUCAAAAACAUAGGAGCGUUAGCCCAGAGCAUCUUCAAAAACCCAGGAGCUCUGGAAGUCCUGAUCAUCAGAAACACCUGAAAGGACCAAGUCCAGAACAUCACAAAGCCAUUGGUAAAAGUAGUCCUGAGCAUCAAAAGCAUGCCAGUAGUAGUCCAGAAACUCUUCCUAAGCACAUUUUAAGUAGUAGCCCUGAACACUUUCAGAAACAUAGACCUGGUAGUAGCCCAGAGCAUCAAAAGCACAGCAGUGGCAGCCCAGAGCACCUUCAGAAACAUGCACUGAGUGGAAGCACAGAGCAUCUCCACAAAGUGAGGGGUACUAGCCCUGAGCAUCUCAAACAGCAUUAUGGAGGAAGUCCGGAACAUCUGAAGCAUCUUGGAGGAGGCAGCAGAGAAGGUACCCUGAGGAGACAAGGAGCAGAUGACAUGUCACCUCAUCACAGAAGCGUGUACAAUGGGAUGAAUGAUCUCCAACCACCAAGACCAAAGGCUCUGCAGUCUUAACUUAACAGCAGAAGAUACCAGAAUCAGUGUCUUCUCCAAAAUUCUUUGAUUUAUUCCUUGUUGGAACUUGAUUAAAAAAGUGAGACCUAAUCUUCUCUACAAUCAAUAUACUGAAUGCUAUCUUUCAACCAGUUGCUACAACAGAGUAUGUGAAUAAUUUGGAGAGCUUGGUGGAUAAAGAACAUCUUGAAUAUAUUCAAGCAAAAAUCUAAUUUUAGCUUUUGGGCAUCAGCGCUCGCUUCUCUUAUCACUUCUAUAUCAAAGUACUGAAAUGGAAAAUGAUAUCGCUUAUCUUUUAAAACCUGUUGAAAAUAUGUACUUUGGCUGGUAAGAUGUAUCACUGGAUUGCUGAGAGCAUAGAAAUGACUAAGUAGAUUAUUUUGGAAUUUUGGAUCUAAGAGUUGUAUCAUCACAAGAUGUCUAAUCAUCCUGGCUUUGAUAAUAACUUGGAUAGUGCUAGUCCAGUGUGUUGAUCGUUAUCCUACUAAUAUAUACAGAGAAACAGAUCUAUGAGGAAGGACACAUGUGGAAGUCUCAAAUCAAAAAGAGAUGCUGCAGAAAGGGAUCUACAUCUUCCUAUUUUGUGAUAACUCUGCAACCCAAAGUAAAUAGAGGGUAUUUUAAUACCCAAAUAAACAUUUAUCAAUAGCCAUUUGGAAGUGCAUACUGUAGCCUGUGAAGCUAAGAGUUAGUUUCCAGGACAACACAUUUUUGUUCUGGCACUCUGUCACCUGAAUGUCUUUUCCUUUUUCCUUUUUUUUUCCUUUUCCUUUCUUUACCAGUAAACUCAGUUGCUGGGGAAGAAUCUAAUUCCAUCUGGACAAAGGAGAUGUUUGAAUUACUGAGAGAUGUUCAAAUGUAAAAUUACCAUCUUUUGCUAUGAGAACUAAAUGCUAGUUUGGUUGUACAAAUGUGCAGAAGCUUUGUUUUUAUUAAUGUGGCAAAAUUCAGCGUUGUCUAUUUUUGUUGAGUAGGGGUACACGUGAAAGAGAUGUAUUUUUUCAGCAGAUUACUAUUAGGUGUCAGUUCUACUUAAUCACUUCUCUUGCUAUGAAAUUUCACAAAUUGAGGCAUUAUAGAGAAGCAGGAUGUUCGUUAAUUCCAAUACAAGGCUGUUCUUAAAAAGGUAGAACCUGAAAUUAAAAUGGACUGUAAAGUGACUAUAAUCUAAAUUGAGCAGAGGAGUAUAUUUUUAUUGUCCAAAAUGAGGGAAAUAUAAAGAGUAAAAAAGGAAAGCACAAGCAGUGGCAGUGUAGUCCUGAGGACUAGGAGUUCUUUAAUUCAAAGCAUUGGGCCUCAGUCUAUUAUAUGUAUACUUACAGUAUUCGUGCAGUAUCCAGAUGCUGAAUAGUGAGAUAUAUUGCUAAAUGUUUUAUUAUGUACCUGUGUAUAGCCUGUAUGAGUAUUCAGACAGUGUUGACUGAAUAUUCUGUCUUAGAUGUUGUUAUACCUGGAAAAUUAUAACAAAUCUAUACAUUUUCCGUAUAUAGAAUCUAAUAGUUGUGGUGGGCCAUCUUAGAUUCAGUAUCAUCUUACAUUGAAGUAAAUACAGUAAGUCUCCUGUUUAACAUCUAGUAGGCUGUGGGAUGGGAUUAUUAGCUGGAAUCAUUGGGUUGUAUGGAUCUUUGAACAAUUCUUUCUCUCUUCUAAAACACAAAAAUGCCCAGGAUUUCUUCCCCGCCUCCCAGGGACUCUCUGCUAUUUUUCUGGCCAGUUUCUCCGUAACUGUCAUGACAGGUGGGAGGGAAGCUUUUCCUGAUGUGCAGCUGCUGGACGGGCAGGCAGUCAGGUGACAUUCUCUUCAUUUGACUCCUGUGAUCUCUUGGUACUUUUUGCAUUGCAAUGGGUGGGUGGUGAAGUGGAGAUGGCACAAGUGAGAGGCAGGCAGCACAUGUGUGAUUAGGCUUUAGGAGGUCAGUAGCAGACCAGAAUCAAGGAGAUUGCUGAAGUAAGCUGCAGGAUGGAUUGGUUUUAAUCCAAGUGAAGUAAGUCACCAAUUUUGAUAAUAAUUUAAAUCAGCAAGCAGGCAACAGUUUUUAAAUGAAUUUGAUUUUAAUCUUCUCUUGUAUUUGUAUUUUAAUUAAUUUUCUUGAAGGGUUCAUUUUCAUUGGCUGGAAAACGCUGGUAACCAUUAUAGCAUGUUAAUAAAUAUAGUCUUUGCAUGCGACUGGGCACUUCAUUUUGCAAACCAGGAGGAUAUAUAAUAUCUAUGCACAUUUUUAAAGCAAUUAUGUAGCUUAGCAUGCACUUAUACAGAUUCUGAAUUCUUGAAUUCUUUCAUUUUUUAUUAUAUUAGAAAAUG